AGAACCAUGUUGCAGCUUAUAUUUUUCAAUUCACAUCUGGGUCGAGUUUUAAGGUCGUCCUCGUCCUCGUCUAUUGUUAUUUUUAUUAUGCGUUUCUGCAUAAUUAUUUUCAUUAGUUUUUUAUAUACGACAUGUAACACAAUCAAUGAAGUUGAUUGUACAAUCAUAACGGAAACAAAGAAGACCCUGCCAUCUGAUUUUUGGCCAUCGAAUUGGUGGAAAACUUUGAAGAAUGUUCUUUUAAAUGGCGGAUUAUGGAAAUUACAUGAAAAUACAUCGGCCGGUAUUCUCAGAAUGUUUUCUUCUUUAAAUGGAGAAACCGGUUCUAUGAUGAUAGUAUUCAAACAUGAUGACGGUCCGCGAGCUUCUUACGCAUAUCAGCAACGUUUUGGAUUCCGCGGUCAGAGACUGGUUGAAUUAUUGGGAACCGGUUUUAAUUCCUUUCAAGGGGAUACCAGGCAACCAGCAUUGACAUUUUUCUUAACUCCGCCUCUUCAAUCUUCUUGGCAAACUUAUUAUAGAAAUCCUUCUUGAGAAAUAAUAAUAAUAAUA